ACGCAGUAACGCAUGUCCCCAUUACGUACAGUGGCUGUGAUGGCUGCGCGGAGGAUGCGCGAAGGCUGAGGAGAGGAUGCUGACUCUGGUUCAUAGAAACCUCAUCCCCGGGUCGGUUGUCUGGAGACGGCAGGAGAAAGAUGCGCUGUGGCGGAGCGCUUGUGGACGGCAGCCCAGCUGAGCACGCCACAUUAAUCUGUUUCUCCCAUUUGUUUUUUGAUCAUUUCCAGGUCAAAUCUCGGUUUCCUGUGCGGCUUGUUUGUAGCUGCUAAAAAUGGCCGGAGAUGGCGGCGGACUAAAGGAUAUCAAUGAGAUUAAAUCACAGUUCCGCACCAGAGAGGGGUUCUACAAGCUGCUCACCCUCUCAGAUUCUCAGCAGCGAGGAGGCUUGCCUCGGGGAGUGUCUGCGGGAACGACGCUGGGGCCAGUGGCGGGGGCCGGGGCCAUCCCUGGCGGAGGGGUCGGGCUGCUGCAGGGGCCAGGGACCACCGCGUCCUCUUCUAACGCCGGCGCAAGCUCGUCUACAGCGGGCUUCCUGCCCCCUGUCAGGGUCUCCAUGGUCAAGCUGCAGCCCGAGGACCCGGGCGAGGAGUCCGAGCGGGUGUGCUUCAAUAUCGGCCGGGAGCUCUACUUCUACACAUACACCAACAUCAAGAAGGCUGUAGACCUGAGCAAGCCCAUCGACAAGCGCAUCUACAAGGGCACGCAGCCCACCUGCCACGACUUCAACCAGUACUCUGCCAGCGCCGACAGUGUGGCCCUCAUUGUGGGCUUCUCUGCCGGACAGGUGCAGUACCUGGACCCCAUCAAGAAGGAGACCAGCAAACUUUUCAAUGAGGAGAGGCUGAUAGACAAAUCCAAGGUCACCUGUCUCAAGUGGCUUCCCAAGUCGGAGAAUUUGUUUCUGGCUUCCCAUGCCAGUGGGCACCUGUACCUGUACAAUGUGGAUCACUCAUGUGGCACCACCCCACCCCAGUACUCUCUGCUGAGGCAGGGGGAGGGCUUUGCAGUCUAUGCCUGCAAAUCCAAGACCCCACGAAACCCUCUGCUCCGCUGGGCUGUUGGGGAGGGAGGUCUGAACGAGUUCUCCUUCUCCCCUGAUGGUGUACAUGUGGCCUGUGUGGGGCAGGACGGCUGCUUGCGUGUCUUUCACUUUGACUCUAUGGAGCUGCAGGGGGUGAUGAAGAGCUACUUUGGAGGUCUUCUGUGCGUGUCCUGGAGUCCAGAUGGAAAAUACUUGGCUACGGGCGGAGAGGACGACCUGGUGACCGUGUGGUCCUUCGCUGAGAGCCGCGUUGUGGCCCGGGGCCAUGGGCAUAAGUCCUGGGUCAACGUGGUGGCAUUUGACCCCUUCACUACAUCCCUGGAGGAUGAGGAGCCCAUGGAGCUCAGCGGCAGUGAGGAGGACCUGCACCAGGGCACGCCUAACUCCUCCACCACACACUUUGGACGCGUUCGAACAAGCAGCACCCUGUCACAUCUGUCCCGCCACAGCUCCAGAGGAGGGGGCUCGGCUUCUGUUACCUACCGCUUUGGCUCUGUGGGACAGGACACUCAGUUCUGCCUGUGGGACCUCACAGACGACGUACUGUACCCGCGCCUGCCCCUGUCCCGAGCCUUCACAAACACGUUUGGACCCUCACUGUCCAACUCGGGCAGUGGCGCGGUCAACAGCGUCUCCACAGGGGGGGGGGCUGGGGGCGUGGAAGGUCAUCACCAUCCUCCCAAUACCAACCCCCCCACGCUGCCACUGCCUCGCUCCCUGUCCCGCUCGAACUCUUUACCCCAUCCUGCUGUGGCCAAUGCCUCCAAGAGCCAGGGCAGCUCUGAGGGAGGGGUGUGCGGGGGCGGCGGUGGCAGUGGGGCUGGUAACUCCACCCCUUUCAGCAUCGGCCGAUUCGCCACAUUGUCCCUACAAGAACGCAAGUCCGACAAGUCCAGUGUGGAGAAGGAGCACAAGCGCUACCACAGCCUCGGCAACAUCAGCAAGAGCAAUGACAAGAUCAACGUGGCCCCCAGGAGCCAGCGGCUGGACGCCGCCAAGGUUCUGGGCACCACCCUGUGCCCGCGAAUGCAUGAGGUGCCUCUGCUUGAGCCUCUGGUGUGCAAGAAGAUCGCCCACGAGAGGCUGACUGUCCUCGUCUUCAUGGACGACUGCAUCAUCACAGCCUGUCAGGAGGGACUCAUCUGCACAUGGGCCCGGCCUGGGAAGACGAACGUGACAGCACAAAACGGGAGCUCUCCAAGUGGGACGGUAGUAUAGCUGAUGGACUCUCUAGGACACCACUGGAACGCCACUGACCCCUGGGGCCCCUAUGGCCCCCCCUGCAAGGGACCGCAGGUCCAAUCAUUGCACAUGGACAGAAACAGGCCACAUGUGGGCUGAUUACUGAUGUUUGUGCUGGGUUAGAGGGGGGGUUGCAAUACCCAACUGCACUCAUUGUGAUUCAUCAGUUUUUGAAAUAAUUACCACCAAUUCAGUAACUACAGGUCCCGACAGAAGAGCUCUUGUCAACAACAGAAAACACGGCCAAAGUCCAAAACAAUUUCCCUUUUGUGUGUGUGUAACUGGUCACAUUUUAAAUACAUUUAUUCACAUUCCACACUAGAUCUUAAACUGCUGUAGCCACAGCUGCCCAAGGGCUGUGGUAAUCUGCACCAACAACCUAUGAACUUUCCGUCACUCUGCCCAUUCACAAAGGAGGUGAACUGCUCUUGCCCAAAAACAUCAGAUUAGUAAUAAAGAGCAGAGUCAGUAGAGAAGGGUGGCUUGUUGCAGCCCUGGUUGGUGGGGAUAUUUGAAGCUUGUGUUUUUGGUUCUGAGAGAGUCUCUGGUUAGGCAAAAGAGACUGAAGCCCCACUCCAUCUUAUUUAUUUGAAAGGACUCUAUAGUAAUUUAUAUUGUAAAGUGCAAAGUAACUAAUAAAUACUCAAAGGACAUACGAUGUACGUACAGAAAUGUCUUGGUGACAGGAUAGCACGGAGACACUGGGUAAAAGUGCAGGUGUGUGGAGCAGUCCUCACUUGCUCUUCUUGCACGCUUAAGGAGCUGGCUGGAUUUUGCACAUCCAAACCCACAGUCCACAGACGAUACACUGGACAGCCACUGGAGGGAUCAUUCACUGUGUUAGAGAUGAGACUUUGGACUGUUGAAAUACCACUGAACCUCUAGAACACUGCUCCAGACCCUUACAGUUUAUGUGCAGAGCACCAUCUGGAGUCAUGGUCUUCAUUGAAAUGAAUUUGGUUUUGAUGUUUUUUUCAGUGUUCAAUCCGAAAACAGGAAAUACCACAGCCUCAUCAUUCUGAUGAACAGAGGUUCUGCUUAAACACAAUAAAAGUGCACCCCAUACAGCUUGUGUUUGGGUCAUACAGAGA